AUGGGGCGAAGUGAACGCAGAAGCCUGGCGAUGAUCCUGACGGCUGGUCAUUUGAACGAUGCGAGCAGGACAACAAACAAAGCCAAUGCUUUCGUGCCAAGCCCUACUGAAAACAAGAUAAUAGUUGCUGUCAUGGUAUCUGGUAUCACACACUUUUUGCACGUGAUAAACUGGGAUUUCUUUACAUUCGAACCCGGACACUGCGCCAGCAAUGCCAGUCACCUUAACCACUACACCAUUGCACGCGCCGUUACAACCACUAUUAUAGUAAUGAGUAGCAAUUUCUUUGGGGCAAAAAUCAUUUUAUAUGCGUAUCGCUGGAGUCUAUCUGCAGUUGAAUCCGGUCAUUCCAACCUGGCCCUAACCUGUCACACAAUCUUGCCGCCCCGUCUGACUAGACUGAAAAAAAAGAUUACAGCACAUAGAUCAAUGAUGUUGAUGAAGUCUCGUGGUCUCAAAACAUUGUCUCACCGCAAAAUAACUUCUGGCUAUGGAGAUAAAUACCAAACAAAAAAGUUUAUUAAACUUUCAAUAUUGACGUUGAUCAGGGUGGGGAGGGAGAUCCCCACCAAUCACAGCCAGUACCUAAGAGACAUAUUUCACAUUAAAAAUUCAAAAAGGGGAUUACUAUUUACUUCUGUGAAAUCGACCUCUACCGAACUGCCAGAGAUAGUGAUAAACCGACAGAGUGAUGACCAAAUGAGACAUCCUGAUGAAUGCCGUGUGGUCUGGUGA